AACAAACCCAAAGUUGUGUCAAAAUAUUCUGUGGUUGUGUGAUGUCUAUAAAGAAAAACAAUAUUCUUCUUAAUUGUGAAGUAAUUAUGGAUUAUCAUAAUAUUAGUAUAGAAGAAGGAAAUAAUGAAUGCAGGAAAAGGAUUAGCAAACAAAGUAAGCGCGAAGAACGCAAGAAACAAAAGUAUUCAGAUAAAGAUCCUGCCCUGGAAAAUUUUAAACGACCAUGCAAUCAUGAUGGAAAAUCCUAUGCAUGUUGUAAUAUUACCUUGGAAGACAUUAAACUUCUUAGAAAGGAAUUUUAUAGUGAUGCAGAUAAAUUUCGUCAAGAUAUACAAUUGUGUCAAUAUAUUUCUGUUGUGCCUGCCAAACGACGUAGAUCGAUGAAGGAAAUAAAGCAGAGAAAUGCAACACUUUGUUAUUUGCUUUAUACAGCCAAUGGACAGCCUGUAAGAGUUUGUAAUGCCUUUUUUACCUCUGUUUUUGAAAUAUCAAAACAUAGGAUUUUAACUGUUGCAAAAGGUACUGAUUCAAAGGAAAGAAGAGGGGGUGAUCGGAGGUCUCAGAAGAGCGCAAUUAAAAAGGAAAAAGCACGAAUUUUUAUAAGUAAUUUGCAAGAAAAAGAAAGCCUUUCUGUUAAAGAAUUUCAUAAGCUUUAUGUGAAACAAUGUGAGGCUGAAGAUCAUGUUAGUUAUGGUAUGUUUAGGAAUAUAUUUUUAAGUGAUUGAUCUUCAAAAUGCAAUAAAAAUCCAUAAUGUUUCAAAUUUGAGGACAAAUCAGGUCUUAAGGAAGUAGAGAAUUUUAAAAAAUACCUGUGGUGACAUCCAAAGGAAAAUCUACUAAAAUGUAAAAUUACCUGAGAUUGGCAGAUGUAUUAGGUCAAAGAAUUUAUUAAAAAAGAACAAUUAAGUUACUAUUAAAGUAAAAACAGUAAUUUUGUUUUUUUAGGGAAAUAAACACGAUUUCCAAAUAAUUUGUUAUUUUGCUUGCAAAACCCUAUUUAUCAAAUAUUUUU